AUUGCACCAACAUCAAGUUCAAAGAGACGAACACGAGAACACGCGUGGUAGAUGCUCAAGAGCUCCAACGUGUUGAUAUGGAAUACCUUUUGGGACUUGGUGAGAGGCAACUGGCCACGGAAGACUGGAUCACCGCUCUGUUCGAUGGUGUAAGCAAGCAUAGUGUUGCUGGCAUCGGCAUAGAUGUCCAGAGGAGUAAGUAA